AUGGCAGUGAUGAUCCAAAGAAGACUGCCGAUGAUCAUGGAUUCUGAAGAAUGGAAGCAGUUACUUUUGGCCCUGAAUCCAAACUACCAUAUAAUGAGCUCCACAGCACUUACAAAAAGUCUGAUUCUCAAAGAGGCAGCAAAAAUUAGUGAAGGUAUCAAGGAUUUUCUCCACAUGGCUUGUCACCUCACAAUCACCUUUGAUGGUGGCAAAAGAAUACAUACUUACUGCCCUCAACCGAGACCAUACAAGUUCAGUGCCACAUCUUCGGACAAUGCAGGCAAUACAAAGAAAGCUCGCAGGUUGCUUUGCGAGCACUAUCCUCACAUGCUCAAUCUCCAGGAUCCCUGUCAUCUUCUUAAUCUUGCCAUAAAGGAUAUGUGUUUUCUCCCUGAGUUUGCUGAGAACCUUAACGAACUUUUUGUCCCUGGAGGGCCAAGGUACUGUUUUGAGAUGGACCUUUCCAAAUUCCUGUCCAUCAUUGGUCCCUGGGCCAGAGGGUUGAAGUGCCUCGAAGGUGCCCAAAUUACAGCUGACCAUGUGUACUUCGUGUUCCUCAGCAUAAUGUCACAGCAUGAAGAGGAAUUUUGUGAAAACAAACAUAGGCUACUGAAUAGUACAAUGGAAUCUACUCGCCAGAUUGGGAAUGGGCAUUUUGACGAGCUUAUUAAUGAGACACCACAGUCUCAUGAUUUGUAUGUGACAACCUUUGUGCUGAAUCCAGUAUACCGAAAUGCACUCAUUUACAAGCAGGUCAACCCCAUGGCAGGCCCAACUCUCACAAUCACUAAAUCUGUUACUGGCGUCAUCACCUGUGCCACAAAGCCUCCUCAGGAUAUGAUAUUGUGUGCUGCCCUUGCCCUACAAAGGAUUUUAUGA